AUGCGUACAUUAUCGAAGAUGAAAAUAAUCCUCCUUCUUUCAUAUAUACCAAGCAUGGUGAUUAUUUUAUCCUCCGCUUCAGAGAUCAAACCUUCUUUAAGUCAGUACUUUAAGAAACAUAAGACAAAUGUAAAAACGAAGAGCUGUGCAGGGAGCACCACUUUACAGAGCCCUGACUUAAUGGAUAUGCAAGAAGAAUGGAAAGAGGAUCAGUGGGAUGAUUUUAUGAGGGAAACGGAUAAAGACUGGGAAAAUUUCAAAGUGACUAUGCAUAAUCUGACUUCUUCAUGGUUUGAAAAAAAAGAAUUGGAAUGGGAAGGAUGGAUAAAAGCAAUGAAAAAUAGAUGGGAAUAUUUCAACAAAAAUAUGGAUGAAGCUGUACUUAAUGUCAUCAAAAAUUCUUUAAAGUGGACAGAUAAUGAAUGGAGAAAAUGGAUUAUAUUUGUGAAAAGUAAAUCCGAGGAACCUGUUGAAACUUCGGGAGAUGAAUAUAUACUUGAUGCUUUUAGCCAAAAUAUCAAUUGGACAAAUGAGCAAUGGAAAGAGUGGAUUAAGACAGUAAUGAGAGAAUCUAUGGAGAAGGAUUGGGGAUAUUGGAUUGAUGAAGAUCAAUACAAAUUAUAUAAUUGGAUGAUGGAAAAUUUUGAUAAAUGGAAAAAUAGAAGAAUGAAGAUAUGGAAAAGGAAAAAGUGGAAUGUUGAAGAAGACGAGUAUUGGGCUAAUUGGGAAGAGAGGAAACAAAAGAAUAAAUCGAAAAAAGAUAAUGAAAGAGAAAAUUGGUAUAUAUGGAAAGAAAGAACGGAUAGGGAACAGCGCCAAUGGGAUACGUAUAUUGAAAUGAGGAAAGAAGAAUUUUUAAGUCAAGAUAUCAUAGAAUGGAUAAAAUGGAAAACUGAGAAGACCGAAAUGUUUGAGAAUUGGAAGGAAAAUAUACUUGCCAAAUGGAUAAAGGAGAAGCAAUGGUAUGUGUGGACCUGUAAGAAAAAACAAGUAUUUAGAAGAAAAUUAUACUAA